AUGACGUACCACAGCGACUUUUUUGUGCUCUACCUCUGUGUGUACAUGUGGCACGUUUGGGAUGAUCCAAUUUAGUUGCCAGAUAUAUUUUUUUUUUUUUUUUUAAAGUUCAGUAGUAUAAACAGACGGGUUUUUGUCUCUCCCUGAAUGACAUAGUAAUUAUAAAAUAUUGUUUGUAUGUUUAUGUACUGUUUGAUAGCUGUUUCGUAUCAAUAAUCUCAGGAGGGAAAGUUAACCAUCCAACUGGACUGAAUUAGACACUGGCAGUCAAACUCAGUGUUAUUUGUACAGUACCAGUAGUACUCAUUCUCUUUGUCCAUAGAUAACCAGGGAGGGUUUUGACUACAGCAGGACAAGUUCUUUAUGCUGUUGGGUCUGGCUAUUGAUGAUUUAUGAUUAAGCUCCCUAGGCCUUCAUCUUUUCCUUAUCUAUGUGUAAGAGGCAAUACAGUCUCUACUCCAAGAUUGGUUUUUGAACUCUGAUCAUUCUUGCCAAAGUGGAUUUAAUCUUGGCUGAAUUCAUCCUAGUUAAUUUACUUUUCCACUUUGUUAAAACAAUAGACCCUCGUUAAUCAAGAAUAUCUUCGCUGAGUCCAGGAAAUUCCUAGACUUUGCUUUAGGCCUAAACAAUGCCCUUAUCUAAACAAUAGCAUAUUUUAUCAGUGGUCUGUUUGCUGUACAGUAGUGGUAAGAGUUUGACUCCUACACUUGCCUCUGUAAUUGGCUGAGCAGUUGUACUCGGCCCAGGCCAGGUUCACUGUGAUUGGAGGGAAGCCUUCAACACGACUACUGUGGCCGUCCGGCAGCUUAAUGUUGGAGAUUUCACCGGUGCUGCCCGGAAAGACAGGGAUUAUGGGUGUUCAUCUUCGCCAUUGAGAAGAGUUGUUUUCUAAUCCCACCAUCUCCACCUGUUUAUCCUAGCUAGUAUUGUAGCUGAAGACUUCCUGGACAUGGGGGGGAAUAAAUUAGUUACAUAUCGGGAUAUUAUUUUGCACAAGUUGGGUGUACCUGCACCAAACCAUCUUUUUAAAUAGCGAGCUAAUUUGUUUUCAGCACUUUUAUUUCCGUGACUGAUCAAAACUUGUUUUCUCAUGGCUCUCUCUUGUCCCUUUGCAGCAGACAUAUGGUGAGCAAUAUGUUUGGAACAUCGACUCGCAAUGAAAUCACAGUAUCGAAUCGCAAUGAAAUCACAGUAUAGAAUCGUAAUACAUAUCGUAUCGGAACCUAAGUAUCGUGAAAAUAUUGUAUCGGGAGGUCCUUGGCAAUUCCCAGCCCGACUGCAUUUAGCCUAAUAUUUCUGCUGCUCUCAAAGUUAUCUAGCCCAAAUCCUUCUUCAGAGCCAAAAACUGUUGUAGGCCUAGUCAAUCAAUACUGCCAGGCAGUUCUAGUUCUAGUAAUGAAACAUUGUUUUAAAAAUGAGAUUUUCUCAUCUUUUUUUUAUUAACUGGAAGGCAAAUGAGGCAGUCAGCUAUUACUAUAGUCAUGGGACAUUCACAUGGGAUGUCAGUGAGGUGCUGUAAUUUAUGUCAAACUCUGGUCUGGAAUCUAAUCUCUGUCGUCAUGAACCUGUCUUCCAGGUCCCUUACAGAAUCCAGCAGUGCUGCAGCCACCAGGACCGGGUUACAACAUGUCCCACCAGCCUCCAUACAACCCAAUGCAAGCCAAGGGCCCCAUGCCGCCUGGCACUGGACUCUAUAACUCUGGGCCCUACCAGCCCAUCCCACCAGUCAGCUCUUACCAGGCCCCUCCAGGUCAGCCCAUGUUAAACAGGCCUCCUAUGGGACCUCCCCAGUCCACCAGCCCUUGCCCAGGCCCCAGGAUGCCCCCAGCGCAUGCCACCCCUCCACCUGUGUCUGCUAACAGCUACUACCAGCACCCCCCAGCCUGGCAGUAUGGGGCCCUUCCACCGAUGGGAGCUCCUCCACCAAUUGGGGCGCCGCCUCCUAUGGCCACGCCUCCCCUCGCGUUUGUGGGUAAUCACGUGACCUCCUCGCCUAGCCCGGCACCACCCCAGGCCACCUCGGCGGGGUACAGCGCAGCGCCUUCUCCUGUCUUCAACAACGCCAUGCAAUCCCCGGGGCCUUCCCUGCCUCCCACCUCCCUCCACAGAUACACCCACGAAGGUAAAACACAGUGCAGAAGGGAGCAGUCCAACGGCUCCAUGAUUAACACACUGUUACAUAUGCUACAGCAGUUUGACUUUCUAUGAUGAAAAACACUUAGACAUUAUGAUGUUAUGACAUUGACUGGUGGUUUGACUGUGUAGUGACACUCCAUAUCGGGAUUAACAACCGUGAAAUGCUAGGUCACUAUGAUGUCACAGGGAAGCGCCAGAAGUGUUCUAGCAAGCUGAUGUUGGAAGUGGACAUUGCCCCCUGCUGCCGCUCCCACACACACACCGAUCCAAUUGGCUGCACAUAUCUCCUUGGCAGACACUCUUGAAUAGUUGUCCAGGGACCAAAGGAGAGUACCAGUAACCUCUGGUGAUAUACAUAUCCACCACCAAUAUCAAAUAAAAAACCGAUUUUAUUGCUGCAUGCGCUGAAUACCACAGGUGUAGACUUUACCAUGAAAUGCUUGAUUACGAACCUUUCCCAACGAUGCAGUUAAACAAAUAAAUAAUACAAAAUACAAGUACUAACACAAGGAAUAAAAUACACAAGAAUGGAGCUAUAUACAGGGAGUACCAGAUCAAUGUGCAGAGGUCUGAGGUAUUUGAGGUAGAUAUGAACAUGAAGGCAGGGUAAAGUGACUAGACAUCUGGAGAGAUGAGUGUAAGAACGGAGCAGCAGCAUGUGGGUGCGUGGGCUUCAGUCAUUUUGGUCAUUUAUAUUGGAAUAACGUUUAAAAAAAAUCUAUUCAUAUAUAUAGUAUUCAUUUUUUUAAUUAUCGGUGUCCAUAUUGUCGAUGAGUUUCUAGUAGAUAGACCAUAUGGUUCAAGAGAAAAUAGCCUAAUGAAUGAAAAUAGCAUCUAAUAAACAGUGGCAUUAUUUUCAAUUAACUCUGCAGCUUUUCCAAAUAUUGACUUUUUUCACAACUGCCUCCAGUUUGACAGCAAACAAACAACAAGACAUAUUGACAUAGAAAAAUAUGUCUGUCAAAAAACCCCUCAUAUUAAACGCCAAUGGUAUUCACUAAAUUUAUGGUUUAUAUUUAGGAUUAUGUUUUCCACCGCUUAUAUUUGGUCAGAAGCCAUCAGUGAUUCAUGAAUGAUGAUCAAGGGCAUUAUGCCACAAUAAUGUGGUGUAAGAAAUACCACAUGAUCAGUAAUCAAAGAUUACUCCUUGAUGCCUGGUUUUUAAUAUGAUUCACUCCAAUCUGGCCAGUUGACAAUUUCAUUCAAAUUGAUUUGUUGCCAUGAUUUGAUGAUGACUGAAUAUUUAUUCAUACUCACAAUAUCUGAAUGACAGAUCUUUGCUGUUGGAAGAAUAGUUCACUCUUGUCUGAAAUGCCACAGUCAGUGUAGUCUCUAGUCACUGGGGUUCAUUGACAUUAGCUAACUCUGGGUCUGCAGCAUCAGCUGUUGUGGGACUCGUCACCUCCAGUGUAGGGAUAUAAUGUUACUCUCCUCAGAGGGGCCUAUUUUCCUCUUAUGCAUGAUAGUCCCCAUACCAUAAACGGUAUACUCCAUUUUUCAAGACUAAUUGGUUUUUUGACCAAUCAUAUCAGAUCUUUUUCAGAGCUGAUCUGAUUGGUCAAAAGACUAAUUAGUGAAAAGAAAAUCAGAAUUGGGCUGCCUGUGUAAAUGCAGCCAUAGGAUACAUUGUCAUGAUAUGCAUCAGGAUUCAUCAUGAUGUAGCCUAUAGGUGCCAGUUUUAUUGUCUUGAUUUUAUUUUAUUAGGAUCUCUUUUAGUCCUCAUUUGGACUAAUCUUCCAAGCUUCCUUAAAUAUUAAAAUACAAUAAAAUACAAUGUCUUAGGUUAGCCUCGACCAAGCCUUUGUACAGUGUGAUGUAUGGGCUAGCAGCAGAAGACUGUGUAGGAGCCACUUCUGUAAAUAUACAAUUGUCAUGUUGACAUUUUGGACAAGGUUUGUGUUGUAGAGGGUUGUGAUAGGAUACUGUAUAAUACAUUUAAUAUGUGUGGCUAAAGAUCCUGAAUGAUGUGAUGUUGAACUGUUGUUGUGGUUGUCCAGGCUCUGACCCUCCUCCAAAGAACCCCAUGGCUCCUCACACAUACCAGCCAGGUAUGGCAGCACCUUACGGCCACCCACCUGCAGGACCCCCACCCUCUAUGAGACCCAAUCCACCUCCCAUGGGCAAUGCUACCCCUCCCCUUCCCUUUGGCCCCGAGACUGAUGGUAAGGAAAUAUCACUUCUGGGACCAUAUUUAUACAACAUCUCAGCGCAAGAGUGCUGAUCCAAGUUCAGUUUUGUAUUUUAAAUCAUAAUGAAUAAGAGGGUAACCUGAUCCUAGAUCAGCACUCCUACUCAGAGACAUUUGUUUUGAUCCUCUCAUCUAACAAUAUGUUGUUGUUUACCUUGGUCUUUGAAGCAUCCACAGAUAUUUAUUGUGGUUUAUUUGUUGUAAAUGGAUGUUUUUUUUGGGGGGGGGGUAUCCCAGAGUAUCUCCAACAGCCACCCUUUGGGUCUCACUGCCAUCUCUUUCCUCCUACCAUGCCAGCUCAGUGUGGGAGUGAUGCUAGUGAUGAUGAUGCCCACACUGAGUGCGACAACCAGGAGAAUGAUAUUGAGUGUCCAGGUGUGGUUUAGUCACUAUCAGUGUUGUGUGGUCCCUGUGUAGUUUUGAUGAGAUCAUAUUUGAUCUGUCAUGUCCUCUGUUAGAUUAUUAGUAUGGUUUCUCAAAGGACGAAAAGGCCUACGGAACUUCCAUGGAUCUUUCAGAUAUUCAGUGUUUACGUUUGACACUUUCUAAGUUGUCUUAGUUUUUGCCAUUAUUACAUUUUAGUGACCUCAUGGGUAUCACAUUUUUCAUCACAUUGUGUCUUACUGUCUUUCAUAGUGACUGUGAAUUAUGUGCAUUGAAGAUGCAAUUCCUACAUUUUCUCUACCUUGUGGCAAUAAAACAAAGUAGAACCACAACUGACCUGAAACAUCAAACAAAAACAUGUAUGCUAAUUCCUAAGUUAUUUUCCAUAAACUAAACCGACAGAUGGCGCCUUUUUCAAGUGCUUUCACAAAAGUAGCGGAAUGUUUUUGUUGUUGUUGUUUUUAUCCAUCCUGAACUGACCGACUAUGGAAUCUUUGCACUGUAGCAGGACACAUACCCACACCUGGUAAUGGCGCUCAAGUUCCCAACCGCUUUGAUCACUUGGAGACAGGCCCUAAAAUGGGUAAGGCUGCUACUACACCAUAGUUUCAUCAGAAAUGAAUGACUAAUGUGACAUUUAAUGAAUGACUAAUGUGACAUUUAAUGAAUGACUAAUGUGACAUUUUAGUCCCCUAUAUGGUACUGCUAGCAACACUCAGAACUGACAUGAGGCCUGUUUUGGUGCUUGUCCCUAUAGCUGGCCCACUCCCGCCCCAGCAGCCAGGCCCCCCUGCUCGACACAUGGGUCUGUCCUACCCCUCUCUACCCCCAGGGUACCAGAACACCUCCGCCUCCCCCAUGCACCAUCCCAUGCAUGCCCCGACGCAGCCUUACAGCCAUGCGCCUCAGUCAUACCAGCAGGUAAGACACAAGACUGUGCUCUCUGCUUUCUCAAACCAAACCAAAUCUAACAGUACAUCGCUGAAUCUUCUCUAUUAUAUACAUUUAGAGCUUAGCUCUUGUCUGAUCACGUGAACCCUUACAGACAUUUUAAAAUGAACUCUGAAUGUUGAAAUAGGACAUGUAUAGACUGUUUAUAAAUAUUGAAACUUAACAGGGAUGCGUCCCAAAUGGCACCCUAUUCCUUAUAGUGCACUGCUUUUGACCUUCGUUCAUUGUACUCACCACUGUACUGUCCUAUGUUUCCUCCCCAGCCCUCUGCAGGUCCAUCCCAGCUGAGCCCCUCCCUAGCUGGGUUGAGUCUGCAGUCCCAGACCCCUGAGGCCCUGAGGGUGGUCAACCUGCUGCAGGAGAGGAACCUGCUCCCCCCGGGCCCCUUCACCCCUCCUACGCCCUGCCUGCCCAAGGACCUGCAGAAAAUCAACUGCCACCCAGAGUGAGUGGUAGUUUUUCUGGCAGUGUUUUUCAACAUCAACCCCCUCCACAAUGUUGAAUAUUGUAAAAAGUGUUCAUGUACUUUAACUAUAAAAUGUACUGGUUUAGACCUGUUGUGUUUCUCUCGCCUCCUCUCACUACAGGGUCUUCCGGAGUACCCUGACUAGCAUCCCCCAGACCCAGUCUCUGUUAAAUAAAGCCAAGCUUCCACUCGGCUUGCUGCUCCACCCCUUCAAAGAUCUCUCGGUAUGACAUUGCCCACUAUCUCCCAACAUGCAAAACACUCCUAACCCUCAGUAGACUCUUCCUAGUACCAAUCCCACUUCUGAUAAAAGAUAGAAGAAUACAUACAGUGAGGGGAAAAAAGUAUUUGAUCCCCUGCUGAUUUUGUACGUUUGCCAACUGACAAAGACAUUAUCAGUCUAUCAUUUUAAUGGUAGGUUUAUUUGAACAGUGAGAGACAGAAUAACAACAACAAAAAUCCAAAAAAACGCAUGUCAAAAAUGUUAUACAUUGAUUUGCAUUUUAAUGAGGGAAAUAAGUAUUUGACCCCUCUGCAAAACAUGACUUAGUACUUGGUGGCAAAACCCUUGUUGGCAAUCAGAGGUCAGUCAUUUCUUGUAGUUGGCCACCAGGUUUGCACAUAUCUCAGGAGGUAUUUUGUCCCAUUCCUCUUUGCAGAUCUUCUCCAAGUCAUUAAGGUUUCGAGGCUGACCUUUGGCAACUCGAACCUUCAGCUCCCUCCACAGAUUUUCUAUGGGAUUAAGGUCUGGAGACUGGCUAGGCCACUCCAGGACCUUAAUGUGCUUCUUCUUGAGCCACUCCUUUGUUGCCUUGGCCGUGUGUUUUGGGUCAUUGUCAUGCUGGAAUACCCAUCCACGACCCAUUUUCAAUGCCCUGGCUGAGGGAAGGAGGUUCUCACCCAAGAUUUGACGGUACAUGGCCCCGUCCAUCGUCCCUUUGAUGCGGUGAAGUUGUCCUGUCCCCUUAGCAGAAAAACACCCCCAAAGCAUAAUGUUUCCACCUCCAUGUUUGACGGUGGGGAUGGUGUUCUUGGGGUCAUAGGCAGCAUUCCUCCUCCUCCAAACACGGCGAGUUGAGUUAAUGCCAAAGAGCUCGAUUUUGGUCUCAUCUGACCACAACACUUUCACCCAGUUCUCCUCUGAAUCAUUCAGAUGUUCAUUGGCAAACUUCAGACGGGCCUGUAUAUGUGCUUUCUUGAGCAGGGGGACCUUGCGGGCGCUGCAGGAUUUCAGUCCUUCACGGCGUAGUGUGUUACCAAUUGUUUUCUUGGUGACUAUAGUCCCAGCUGCCUUGAGAUCAUUGACAAGAUCCUCCCGCUGAUUCCUCACCGUUGUCAUGAUCAUUGCAACUCCACGAGGUGUUCUUGCAUGGAGCCCCAGGCCGAGGGAGAUUGACAGUUCUUUUGUGUUUCUUCCAUUUGUGAAUAAUCGCACCAACUGUUGUCACCUUCUCACCAAGCUGCUUGGCGAUGGUCUUGUAGCCCAUUCCAGCCUUGUGUAGGUCUACAAUCUUGUCCCUGACAUCCUUGGAGAGCUCUUUGGUCUUGGCCAUGGUGGAGAGUUUGGAAUCUGAUUGAUUGAUUGCUUCUGUGGACAGGUGUCUUUUAUACAUGUAACAAACUGAGAUUAGGAGCACUCCCUUUAAGAGUGUGCUCCUAAUCUCAGCUCGUUACCUGUAUAAAAGACACCUGAGAGCCAGAAAUCUUUCUGAUUGAGAGGGGGUCAAAUACUUAUUUCCCUCAUUAAAAUGCAAAUCAAUUUCUAACAUUUUUGACAUGCGUUUUUCUGGAUUUUGUUGUUGUUAUUCUGUCUCUCACUGUUCAAAUAAACCUACCAUUAAAAUUAUCGACUGAUCAUUUCUUUGUCAGUGGGAAAACUUACAAAAUCAGCAGGGGAUCAAAUACUUUUUUCCCUCACUGUAUAGCCUAGAAUAAAUGUGUAUUUAAUCUGCUUAAUUUAAUGUUCCUUUGUAAUUUGAUGUUUCUCAUUUGUGUGGAACUUGGCAUUGACGAUUGUCAUAGCCUAACAUGUCCUGUCUUAAUGGUUUGAUUUGUCUGUGAACUGCAGCAACUAGCUGUAUGAAGUUUUAUUCUUCAAGAAUCAAUGGUUACAUUUUUUAUAUUUUUUAAAUGAUGUACCAAUCCCAGAUUGCCCUUUUUUAAUUGUUUGGUUUGUCUGUACACUGCAGCAACUGCCUGUGGUCACCUCCAGCACUAUAGUGAGGUGUCGUUCCUGCAGGACGUAUAUCAACCCCUUUGUGACCUUCCUGGACCAGAGGAGAUGGAAGUGUAACCUGUGCUACCGGGUCAAUGACGGUAAGGACCACAGCCACCAAGCUCAUCUUAAAUGACACCCUGUCUAUUCCCCAUAUAUUGCACUACUUUUGACCAGCUCCAAUGUUCAUUAAAAACAAACACUUGUUUUAAGUGAGAAGUUAGGCUGGAAAAGGAAUUCACUACCAAGGUUUUCCAGCACAUAGCUUUGACCUAAACGUCCAGAAUAUCACUCACCUGAUGACUGUAGUGACGGACAAGCCCAGUACUGUUCUUUUCUGACUGAUGAUAACCUCCAUGUUUGUUGUGCAGUUCCAGAGGAGUUCAUGUACAACCCAGUUAGCAGAUCGUACGGAGAGCCACACAAAAGACCUGAGGUCCAGAACGCCACCAUCGAGUUCAUCGCACCCUCAGAAUACAUGGUAAAUACACAUUAUAUAGUCUUAAGAGUUAUUGUCUAUUUAAAGCAACUCAUUGCAUGUUAUUUUGCCUGGAAAUAUAUGUUAAAUGGCUACAUUUCCCCCCCUUUUAUCUGCUAGCUAAAUACAGAUGAAAUGUGCAGUCUUCCACUGCUGCCGUGUUCACAGUGAUUCCAUCAGGCUUUGACUCCAUGGAUUUGUUUUCCUGGAGUUGUUCAUCUAGGAAGCAUUUGCACGUUUUGUUAGAAUGUGAUAGUGUGUGGUGUGUAUCAGUGUUUGUGUUAGUCUUUGUAUUGAUGGUGUGAAACCUGUCAUCCUCAGCUGAGACCCCCCCAGCCUGCCGUUUACCUCUUCGUGCUGGAUGUAUCCCACAACGCCGUGGAAACUGGAUACCUAGAUGUCGUCUGUCAGUCACUGCUGGAGAACAUCAAUGCGUAUGUAUACAUCAGUUACAGACCGAGGGUGCAUCCUAAAUGGCAUCCUAUUCCCUAUAUAGUGCACUACUUUUGACCAGAACCCUAUGGAAGCCAUUGGGAUGCAGAUGAAAUACAGUCCUGGGAUAAUGUCCACAGCCCUGACAGGAUGGUUCAUUACUUAUUGUCUCUAUCUGUAUUGUCCUAUUAAGCUAUGUAAUAACAUUUUCUAUACUGAUCAAUACUAGCUAGCUUAAAGGCUUCAGUUUAACCUCAGAUAGCCCUAAAACUAUGUUUAUUUAUUGGUUUUUCAUUGGACAAUAUACAAAAUGUAGCCAAUAAUAUUAAUAACAUGUCAACAGUGAUUCAGACACAGAAAUACAAUUACUUACAGAAGUAUUGAGAGAGAGAAAAACAAUGUAGAUUUUAACUGAACCGCACCACACACAUCAGUGUGUCCUGUGAGUAUAUGAACCCCACCACACACAUCAGUGUGUCGUCCUGUGAGUAUCUGAACCGCACCUCACACAUCAGUGUGUCGUCCUGUGAGUAUCUGAACCGCACCUCACACAUCAGUGUGUCCUGUGAGUAUCUGAACCGCACCUCACACAUCAGUGUGUCCUGUGAGUAUAUGAACCCCACCACACACAUCAGUGUGUCCUGUGAGUAUCUGAACCGCACCACACACAUCAGUGUGUCCUGUGAGUAUCUGAACCCCACCACACACAUCAGUGUGUCCUGUGAGUAUCUGAACCGCACCACACACAUCAGUGUGUCCUGUGAGUAUCUGAACCGCACCACACACAUCAGUGUGUCCUGUGAGUAUCUGAACCGCACCACACACAUCAGUGUGUCCUGUGAGUAUCUGAACCGCACCACACACAUCAGUGUGUCCUGUGAGUAUCUGAACCGCACCACACACAUCAGUGUGUCCUGUGAGUAUCUGAACCCCACCACACACAUCAGUGUGUCCUGUGAGUAUCUGAACCGCACCACACACAUCAGUGUGUCCUGUGAGUAUCUGAACCGCACCACACACAUCAGUGUGUCCUGUGAGUAUCUGAACCGCACCACACACAUCAGUGUGUCCUGUGAGUAUCUGAACCGCACCACACACAUCAGUGUGUCCUGUGAGUAUCUGAACCGCACCACACACAUCAGUGUGUCCUGUGAGUAUCUGAACCCCACCACACACAUCAGUGUGUCCUGUGAGUAUCUGAACCGCACCACACACAUCAGUGUGUCCUGUGAGUAUCUGAACCGCACCACACACAUCAGUGUGUCCUGUGAGUAUCUGAACCCCACCACACACAUCAGUGUGUCCUGUGAGUAUCUGAACCGCACCACACACAUCAGUGUGUCCUGUGAGUAUAUGAACCGCACCACACACAUCAGUGUGUCCUGUGAGUAUCUGAACCGCACCACACACAUCAGUGUGUCCUGUGAGUAUAUGAACCGCACCACACACAUCAGUGUGUCCUGUGAGUAUCUGAACCGCACCACACACAUCAGUGUGUCCUGUGAGUAUCUGAACCCCACCACACACAUCAGUGUGUCCUGUGAGUAUCUGAACCGCACCACACACAUCAGUGUGUCCUGUGAGUAUCUGAACCGCACCACACACAUCAGUGUGUCCUGUGAGUAUAUGAACCGCACCACACACAUCAGUGUGUCCUGUGAGUAUCUGAACCGCACCACACACAUCAGUGUGUCCUGUGAGUAUAUGAACCGCACCACACACAUCAGUGUGUCCUGUGAGUAUCUGAACCGCACCACACACAUCAGUGUGUCCUGUGAGUAUCUGAACCGCACCACACACAUCAGUGUGUCCUGUGAGUAUCUGAACCGCACCACACACAUCAGUGUGUCCUGUGAGUAUCUGAACCGCACCACACACAUCAGUGUGUCCUGUGAGUAUCUGAACCGCACCACACACAUCAGUGUGUCCUGUGAGUAUCUGAACCGCACCACACACAUCAGUGUGUCCUGUGAGUAUCUGAACCGCACCUCACACAUCAGUGUGUCCUGUGAGUAUCUGAACCCCACCACACACAUCAGUGUGUCCUGUGAGUAUCUGAACCCCACCACACACAUCAGUGUGUCCUGUGAGUAUCUGAACCGCACCACACACAUCAGUGUGUCCUGUGAGUAUCUGAACCGCACCACACACAUCAGUGUGUCCUGUGAGUAUCUGAACCGCACCACACACAUCAGUGUGUCCUGUGAGUAUCUGAACCGCACCACACACAUCAGUGUGUCCUGUGAGUAUCUGAACCCCACCACACACAUCAGUGUGUCCUGUGAGUAUCUGAACCCCACCACACACAUCAGUGUGUCCUGUGAGUAUCUGAACCGCACCACACACAUCAGUGUGUCCUGUGAGUAUCUGAACCGCACCACACACAUCAGUGUGUCCUGUGAGUAUCUGAACCGCACCACACACAUCAGUGUGUCCUGUGAGUAUCUGAACCGCACCACACACAUCAGUGUGUCCUGUGAGUAUCUGAACCGCACCACACACAUCAGUGUGUCCUGUGAGUAUCUGAACCGCACCACACACAUCAGUGUGUCCUGUGAGUAUCUGAACCGCACCACACACAUCAGUGUGUCCUGUGAGUAUCUGAACCCCACCACACACAUCAGUGUGUCCUGUGAGUAUCUGAACCGCACCACACACAUCAGUGUGUCCUGUGAGUAUCUGAACCGCACCACACACAUCAGUGUGUCCUGUGAGUAUCUGAACCCCACCACACACAUCAGUGUGUCCUGUGAGUAUCUGAACCGCACCACACACAUCAGUGUGUCCUGUGAGUAUCUGAACCGCACCACACACAUCAGUGUGUCCUGUGAGUAUCUGAACCGCACCACACACAUCAGUGUGUCCUGUGAGUAUCUGAACCCACCACACACAUCAGUGUGUCCUGUGAGUAUCUGAACCGCACCACACACAUCAGUGUGUCCUGUGAGUAUCUGAACCCCAUCAGUGUGUCCUGUGAGUAUCUGAACCCCACCACACACAUCAGUGUGUCCUGUGAGUAUCUGAACCCACCACACCAUCAGUGUGUCCUGUGAGUAUCUGAAACAUCAGUGGUCCUGUGAGUACUGAACACAUCAGUGUGUCCUGUGAGUAUCUGAACACAUCAGUGUGUCCUGUGAGUAUCUGAACACAUCAGUGUGUCCUGUGAGUAUCUGAACACAUCAGUGUGUCCUGUGAGUAUCUGAACACAUCAGUGUGUCCUGUGAGUAUCUGAACACAUCAGUGUGUCCUGUGAGUAUCUGAACACAUCAGUGUGUCCUGUGAGUAUCUGAACACAUCAGUGUGUCCUGUGAGUAUCUGAACACAUCAGUGUGUCCUGUGAGUAUCUGAACACAUCAGUGUGUCCUGUGAGUAUCUGAACACAUCAGUGGUGUCCUGUGAGUAUCUGAACACAUCAGUGUGUCCUGUGAGUAUCUGAACACAUCAGUGUGUCCUGUGAGUAUCUGAACACAUCAGUGUGUCCCUGUGAGUAUCUGAACACAUCAGUGUGUCCUGUGAGUAUCUGAACACAUCAGUGUGUCCUGUGAGUAUCUGAACACAUCAGUGUGUCCUGUGAGUAUCUGAACACAUCAGUGUGUCCUGUGAGUAUCUGAACACAUCAGUGUGUCCUGUGAGUAUCUGACACAUCAGUGUGUCCUGUGAGUAUCUGAACACAUCAGUGUGUCCUGUGAGUAUCUGAACACAUCAGUGUGUCCUGUGAGUAUCUGAACACAUCAGUGUGUCCUGUGAGUAUCUGAACACAUCAGUGUGUCCUGUGAGUAUCUGAACACAUCAGUGUGUCCUGUGAGUAUCUGAACACAUCAGUGUGUCCUGUGAGUAUCUGAACACAUCAGUGUGUCCUGUGAGUAUCUGAACACACCACAUCAGUGUGUCCUGUGAGUAUCUGAACCCACCAACACAUCAGUGUGUCCUGUGAGUAUCUGACCUGCCAACACAUCAGUGUGUCCUGUGAGUAUCUGAACGCACACACACAUCAGUGUGUCCUGUGAGUAUCUGAACCCACCACACACAUCAGUGUGUCCUGUGAGUAUCUGAACGCACCACACAUCAGUGUGUCCUGUGAGUAUGAACCGCACACACACAUCAGUGUGUCCUGUGAGUAUCUGAACCGCAACACACAUCAGUGUGUCCUGUGAGUAUCUGAACCGCACCCACACAUCAGUGUGUCCUGUGAGUAUCUGAACCGCACCACACCAUCAGUGUGUCCUGUGAGUAUCUGAACCCACACACACAUCAGUGUGUCCUGUGAGUAUCUGAACGCACCACACACAUCAGUGUGUCCUGUGAGUAUCUGAACCACACACAUCAGUGUGUCCUGUGAGUAUUGACCGCACACACACAUCAGUGUGUCCUGUGAGUAUCUGAACCCGCACCACACACAUCAGUGUGUCCUGUGAGUAUCUGAACCGCACCACACACAUCAGUGUGUCCUGUGAGUAUCUGAACCGCACCACACACAUCAGUGUGUCCUGUGAGUAUCUGAACCGCACCACACACAUCAGUGUGUCCUGUGAGUAUCUGAACCGCACCACACACAUCAGUGUGUCCUGUGAGUAUCUGAACCGCACCACACACAUCAGUGUGUCCUGUGAGUAUCUGAACCGCACCACACACAUCAGUGUGUCCUGUGAGUAUCUGAACCGCACCACACACAUCAGUGUGUCCUGUGAGUAUCUGAACCGCACCACACACAUCAGUGUGUCCUGUGAGUAUCUGAACCGCACCACACACAUCAGUGUGUCCUGUGAGUAUCUGAACCCCACCACACACAUCAGUGUGUCCUGUGAGUAUCUGAACCGCACCACACACAUCAGUGUGUCCUGUGAGUAUCUGAACCGCACCACACACAUCAGUGUGUCCUGUGAGUAUCUGAACCCACACACAUCAGUGUGUCCUGUGAGUAUCUGAACCGCACCCACACAUCAGUGUGUCCUGUGAGUAUCUGAACCCACCACACAUCAGUGUGUCCUGUGAGUAUCUGAACCCACCCCACACUCAGUGUGUCCUGUGAGUAUCUGACCACCACACCAUCAGUGUGUCCUGUGAGUAUCUGAACCGCACCACCACAUCAGUGUGUCCUGUGAGUAUCUGAACCGCACCACACAUCAGUGUGUCCUGUGAGUAUCUGAACGCACACACAUCAGUGUGUCCUGUGAGUAUCUGAACCACCACCACAUCAGUGUGUCCUGUGAGUAUCUGAACCGCCCACACAUCAGUGUGUCCUGUGAGUAUCUGAACCGCACCACACAAUCAGUGUGUCCUGUGAGUAUCUGACCGCCCACACACAUCAGUGUGUCCUGUGAGUAUCUGAACCCCACCACACAUCAGUGUGUCCUGUGAGUAUCUGAACCGCACCACACAUCAGUGUGUCCUGUGAGUAUCUGAACGACAACACAUCAGUGUGUCCUGUGAGUAUCUGACCCACCACACAAUCAGUGUGUCCUGUGAGUAUCUGAACCGCACCACACCAUCAGUGUGUCCUGUGAGUAUCUACGCACACACACAUCAGUGUGUCCUGUGAGUAUCUGAACCGCACCACACAUCAGUGUGUCCUGUGAGUAUCUGAACCCCACCACACACUCAGUGUGUCCUGUGAGUAUCUGAACGCACAACACUCAGUGUGUCCUGUGAGUAUCUGAACACAUCAGUGUGUCCUGUGAGUAUCUGAACCACCAACCAUCAGUGUGUCCUGUGAGUAUCUGAACCACACACAAUCAGUGUGUCCUGUGAGUAUCUGAGACUGACCAUCAGGUGUCCUGUGAGUAUCUGACACAUCAGUGUCCUGUGAGUAUCUGAACACAUAGUGUGUCCUGUGAGUAUCUGAACCAUCAGUGUGUCCUGUGAGUAUCUGAACACAUCAGGUGUCUGUGAGUAUCUGAACACAUCAGUGGUCCUGUGAGUAUCUGACCACACAGUGUGUCUGUGAGUAUCUGAAACAUAGUGUGUCCUGUGAGUAUCUGAACACAUCGGUGUCCUGUGAGUAUCUGACACAUCAGUGUGUCCUGUGAGUAUCUGAACACAUCAGUGUGUCAUGUGAGUAUCUGAACACAUCAGUGUGUCCUGUGAGUAUCUGAAAAUCAGUGUGUCCUGUGAGUAUCUGAACAAUCAGUGUGUCCUGUGAGUAUCUGAAACAUCAGUGGUCCUGUGAGUAUCUGAACACAUCAGUGUGUCCUGUGAGUAUCUGAACAAUCAUGUGUCCUGUGAGUAUCUGAACACAUCAGUGUGUCCUAGAUCUGAACACAUCAUGUGUCCUGUGAUAUCUGAACACAUCAGUGUGUCUGUGAGUAUUGAAACAUCAGCUUUAGUGUCCUGUGAGUAUUGACACAUCAGUGUGUCCUGUGAGUAUCUGAACAACUCAUGUCCGUGAUUUCCCCUGGAGACUCCAGGACAAAGAUUGGCUUCAUCACCUUUGACAGCACCAUCCACUUCUACAACCUCCAGGAGGGCCUGGCCCAACCACAGAUGCUCAUUGUCUCUGACAUUGAAGGUGAGAGAGGAGCAUGGGCUUACAAGCUUUGUCAUUAGAGUAAUUCACUGUCUAGAAAUGCUUAGGAAAAUGAGGAAGGUCCACACUCAGUAUUUGCAGUGAAAGAAAGGAAAAUGUAUUCAUUAUUUUGUGACAAAUGCUUCGCCCAAUCAUCAGUGUCUUAAGUUGUGACGACAUAGAAAACACCGUAGAAAUAGGGCUACAAAAUAAAUGGUGCUGUAAUGCUGUACUUUUAAAGUAUUCAACAGGUUGAAAUGGUCUAAUGGUCUUCUAUGCUGUUUAUUCCUUUCUUCCAGAUAUAUUUUUACCAACACCAGACAGCCUUUUAGUGAACCUCAAUGAAUGCAAGGAGGUAAGGAGCUCUUAAAACUAUUCCUGAGCAUAUUCCCUAAUAUUCUCCAGAGACAGGCACUCUCAAUACAACAUUUCAAAAGAAAAUGUUACGAGUCCAAUCUGUCAAACUACUCACAACAACAUUGCGAAAAUCCAUCAAAAGACACAUUCACAUUGGGUAAUUUUUUUUGCCUGAACCUCUCUUACGCUCUGUUUUGCAUUACAAAACUUUAUAGAUUUUUUUUUUUUUUUUUUUACAGCUGGUGCAGGAUCUGCUGAAGAGCCUGCCCCAGAUGUUUGGCAAGACCAUGGAGACCCAGUCUGCUCUGGGCCCGGCCCUGCAGGCAGCCUUCAAGCUGCUGUCGGCCACCGGGGGGCGCGUGUCCGUCUUCCAGACACAGCUGCCCAACCUGGGCGUGGGGGCCCUCAAGUCCAGAGAGGACCCCAACCAGAGAGCUUCAGCCAAGGUAGGGACUAGCGAGAGCCUGGGUCACAUUGGUUUAUACAUUUUGUAUCCCAAAUGGCACCCUACUACCUAUAUAGUGGACUACUUUGUAGGGCCCAUAGAUCCCAUAUGUAGGAAAUAGGGUGCCAUUUGCUGUACAUUUCUAUUUUAAUUACUUGGUAAAGAGAAUUACAGUGGGGGAAAAAAGUAUUUAGUCAGCCACCAAUUGUGCAAGUUCUCCCACUUAAAAAGAUGAGAGGCCUGUAAUUUUCAUCAUAGGUACACGUCAACUAUGACCGACAAAUUGAGAAUUUCUUUCUCCAGAAAAUCACAUUGUAGGAUUUUUAAUGAAUUUAUUUGCAAAUUAUGGUGGAAAAUAAGUAUUUGGUCACCUAGAAACAAGCAAGAUUUCUGGCUCUCACAGACCUGUAACUUCUUCUUUAAGAGGCUCCUCUGUCCUCCACUCGUUACCUAUAUUAAUGGCACCUGUUUGAACUUGUUAUCAGUAUAAAAGACACCUGUCCACAACCUCAAACAGUCACACUCCAAACUCCACUAUGGCCAAGACCAAAGAGCUGUCAAAGGACACCAGAAACAAAAUUGUAGACCUGCACCAGGCUGGGAAGACUGAAUCUGCAAUAGGUAAACAGCUUGGUUUGAAGAAAUCAACUGUGGGAGCAAUUAUUAGGAAAUGGAAGACAUACAAGACCACUGAUAAUCUCCCUCGAUCUGGGGCUCCACGCAAGAUCUCACCCCGUGGGGUCAAAAUGAUCACAAGAACGGUGAGCAAGAAUCCCAGAACCACACGGGGGGACCUAGUGAAUGACCUGCAGAGAGCUGGGACCAAUUUAACAAAGCCUACCAUCAGUAACACACUACGCCGCCAUGGACUCAAAUCCUGCAGUGCCAGACGUGUCCCCCUGCUUAAGCCAGUACAUGUCCAGGCCCGUCUGAAGUUUGCUAGAGUGCAUUUGGAUGAUCCAGAAGAGGAUUGGGAGAAUGUCAUAUGGUCAGAUGAAACCAAAAUAGAACUUUUUGGUAAAAACUCAACUUGUCGUGUUUGGAGGACAAAGAAUGCUGAGUUGCAUCUAAAGAACACCAUACCUACUGUGAAGCAUGGGGGUGGAAACAUCAUGCUUUGGGGCUGUUUUUCUGCAAAGGGACCAGGACGACUGAUCCGUGUAAAGGAAAGAAUGAACGGGGCCAUGUAUCGUGAGAUUUUGAGUGAAAACCUCCUUCCAUCAGCAAGGGCAUUGAAGAUGAAACGUGGCUGGGUCUUUCAGCAUGACAAUAAUCCCAAACACACCGCCUGGGCAACAAAGGAGUGGCUUCGUAAGAAGCAUUUCAAGGUCCUGGAGUGGCCUAGCCAGUCUCCAGAUCUCAACCCCAUAGAAAAUCUUUGGAGGGAGUUGAAAGUCCGUGUUGCCCAGCGACAGCCCCAAAACAUCACUGCUCUAGAGGAGAUCUGCAUGGAGGAAUGGGCCAAAAUACCAGCAACAGUGUGUGAAAACCUUGUGAAGACUUACAGAAAACGUUUGACCUGUGUCAUUGCCAACAAAGGGUAUAUAACAAAGUAUUGAGAAACUUUUGUUAUUGACCAAAUACUUAAUUUCCACCAUAAUUUGCAAAUAAAUUCAUAAAAAAUCCUACAAUGUGAUUUUCUGGAUUUUUUUUUCUCAUUUUGUCUGUCAUAGUUGACGUGUACCUAUGAUGAAAAUUACAGGCCUCUCUCAUAUUUUUAAGUGGGAGAACUUGCACAAUUGGUGGCUGACUAAAUACCUUUUUCCCCCACUGUAUGCAGUGUGCACAUUUGUUCUGCAGUGGCGGUUGAAACUUGAUAUCUUUAUCUCAAUACAGUUCAGAAAUUUUUUAUGCAUAAUAUACUCAUUCUUUUUUAGAAAUGUUCUGUGGUGCUCAUUGUGUUGUGUGGUGAUUCCCCAGGACAUCCAGAACCUGUCUCCUGCCACAGACUUCUAUAAGAAGCUGGCCCUGGACUGUUCAGGACAGCAGGUGGCUGUAGACCUGUUCCUACUGAGCACCCAGUACUGUGACCUGGCCUCUUUAGGUGAGCGGUGCCUUCUGACUCAUACAUCUGAACUUCAAUGUGUUAUUAUUAACAAAGUUACCUUAUUUCAGCAGCCAGCAGUGCUCUGUAUGUGUGUCUCUGAUGUUGCUGUAUACGUCUGAACAAAAAUAUAAAUGCAAUAUUUAAAGUGUUGGACCCAUGUUUCAUGACCUGAAAUAAAAGGUCCCAGAAAUGUUCCAUAUGCACAAAAAGCUUAUAUCUCUCAAAUUUUGUGCACAGAUUUGUUUACAUCCCUGUUAGUGAGCAUUUCUCCUUUGCCAAGAUAAUCCAUCCACCUGACAGGUGUGGUAUAUCAAGAAGCCGAUUAAACAGCAUGAUCAUUACACAGGUGCACCUUGUGCUGGGGACAAUAAAAGGCCACUCUAAAAUGUGUAGUUUUGUCACACAACACAAUGCCACAGAUGUCUCAAGUUUCGAGGGAGCGUGCAAUUGGCAUGAAUGUCCACCAGAGCUGUUGCCAGAGAAUCGCAUGUAAAUUUCUCUACCAUAAGCCACCAACAAUGUCGUUUUGGAGAAUUUGGCAGUACGUCCAACCAGCCUCACAACCGCAGACCACGUGUAACCACGCCAGUCCAGGACCUCCACAUCCGGCUUCUUCACCUGUGGGAUCAUCUGAGACCGGCCACCCAGACAGCUGAUGAAACUGGGGGUUUGCACAACCGAAUAAUUUCUGCAGAAACUGUCUCAGGGAAACUCAUCUGCAUGCUUGUCGUCCUCACCAGGGUCUUUACCUGACUGCAGUUUGGCGUUGUAACCGACUUCAGUGGGCAAAUGCUCACCUUCGAUGGCCACUGGCACGCUAGAGAAGUGUGCUCUUCACGGAUGAAUCCCGGCUUCAACUGUACCGGGCAUAUGGCGGCGUGUGGGCAAGCGGUUUGCUGAUGUCAACGUUGUGAACAGAGUUCCCCAUGGUGGCGGUGGGGUUAUGGUAUGGGCAGGCAUAAGCUACGGACAACGAACGCAAUUUGCAUUUUAUUGAUGGCAAUUUGAAUGCCCAGAGAUACCGUGAUAAGAUCCUGAGGCCCAUUGUCUUGCCAUUCAUCCGCCGCCUUCACUUCGUGUUUCAGCAUGAUAAUGCACGGCCCUAAUGAAUUUAUUUCAAUUGACUGAUUUUCUUAUAUGAAGUGUAACUCAGUAAAAUCUUUGAAAUUGUUGUUGCGUUUUUAUUUUUGUUCAAUGUACAUUUAUUCAAAUGCCACAAAUGAUAAGGCCCUUCGUAUAGAACAUCGUACUAUACGAUUAAUGUGUAAUCUCUGCUUCAUCUUCUGUCUCUCCUCCCGUCAGCUUGCAUAUCCAGGUACUCAGCAGGAAGUGUGUACUAUUACCCCUCCUACCAGCAGCAGCACAACCCAGCCGGGGUUGAGUGCUUCCAGAAGGAUCUCAAGAGGUACCUUACCAGGAAGAUUGGCUUGGAGGCCGUAAUGAGGAUCCGCUGCACUAAAGGUAACAAGUCAUCACUCAAUACUUUUUCACUAUGAAGAUUGCCUUGUAUUAUGUUAUUUCACGUGGAAAAACUGUCAGAUUAAAUGUAUUUAACUCAAAUCUCUCUGACCUACUUCUAUAUCUAUUUUGUAUGUUGAUUAUUGUGAAAAGAAAAUGUUCAACUCUGACCCCUCAACUUCCAUGCAGGUUUGUCCAUCCACACGUUCCAUGGGAAUUUCUUUGUGCGCUCCACGGAUCUGCUGUCCCUGCCCAACGUGAACCCAGACGCGGGCUUCGCUGUGCAGAUGUCCAUUGAGGAGAACCUGGUGGACAUGCAGUCCGUCUCCUUCCAGGCUGCGCUGCUCUACACAUCCAGCAAAGGUACACUGUCUGGAGCUCCUGUGAUGGGGGGCUCUGAGAUGGUGUAGGGAGCUUUACCAUAAAAAGAUGAGCUGUGUUUGAAUACUCAUACUAACCGUACUAUUUGUGACGUACAUUGAGUAUGUAGUAUGCUUAUAGGUCAUAGUAUGGAUAUAGUUAGUAUGCCAAAAGUUCCCUGAUGUCGUACUAUAUUCACCAAAAUACGAAGUAUACAAGAAGUGGACACUAUUUCCGUGCUUUUAGGGCCCAUAAUGCAAUUCUUCAGAAAAUGGGCGUAGCUUCACAACAUUUUCAGAUUGGAAGAUAAUUGUGGAAAAUAUGCAGCCGAAGUCCGACGAGAGCCGAUACAAAUUCAUGAUUUAACUAAUUAUGACAGAUGUUGAGCAAUGUAAUAAAGUAAUUACUUUUCAGAUAAGUUAUGUUGGCUGACAAUUUGUUAGCUAAUCUAGCCUUAUGAACCACAUAUCAUAUCAUUACAGCAGUUGCUUGUAUGUACCGGUAUGUUAGCUAGCUACCUAACGUUAGUUGGCUACUAAUACAUCGAACUUGCUAGUAUAUUAACUAUAUGCUAUCUAACUAACUACUCAACGUUUAUUGACUUGAUUAUUAAUGUCAUGCUUAGCUGUGGUAUAGUUGUUGUGCGUUCUCAAUGGACAUUGUUAAUGAAGUCGUAAGAUGUCUAGCUAGUAUUUGAAAUGCUAACAAGCUAGCAAGAAGUUGCAUAGCAACAGCAUCAACUUCCGGUAGACGGGCAAAGCGCUAGCACACUCAACUGAAAGGAUACCGUUUGUUUACAGUAAAUAAAAAUGAACUAAUAGUAUGUAGUGUAUAUGUUCAUUAAGUAUGUUGUAUACAGUAUGUUAGUAUGAGUAUUCGAACACAGCUAUUGUCAUUCUUUUUCUGUGGGAUUUACUUGGUUUAGACUCACUGGCUGUGUCCCAAAUAGCACCCUAUUCCAUACAUAGUGUACUACUUUUUACCAGGACUCAAAAGGCUCUUGUCAAGAAAAGUGUACUAUAUAGAGAAUAGGAUGCCAUUUGGGACUCAGCCUCACUGUUUGUAAACAUGAACCAUGAACGAGUGCGAUGGAACACUUUUUAUAAUGGAUACUGAAAUUUGAAAAUGUUAUUUCUUUCUGAAGGGCAAUUUUAGUUUAAUUUUAUUUGUUGCCUUUCUGGACAAAUAUUAUAUUUCCGAUGCAUACCAAUUGUAACGCUGAAAUAAUAACUUGUUGCUUGGUGUUGUUUCUACAGGAGAGAGAAGAAUUCGAGUCCACACCAUGUGUUUGCCUGUUGUCAACUCCCUGUCCGACAUCUUUGCUGGGGCUGAUGUCCAGGCUAUCACUGGUCUGCUGGCUAGCAUGGGUAGGUAGUUCCUGGGAUGCAGUCUUGGUGUAGUUAUUAAAUGCAUGUUUAUUUCCAUUACGUACCAGGUCCCAUCAUCCUGUGAUCUUUAAUGUCUCAUAGUGAGAACAGGCUUGUCAUUCACACAGUGCCAUAGCUGCCUCAUUUGCAAGGACAGAUGGUCAUGGGUGAUGUCAGAUGGUUGCCUGAUUACCGUGACCUUUGUUGAAUCCAAGUGGCUAAAUCAAACUGACUGAAGACUAAUCUUCAUAUAAUGUAUUAGAGGUUUUAUUCGUUCUAUUCAGUCACUGAUGAAAUGUAAUUCUUCUAAAUGUUAUUCGGUCACACUUUAUUUGGAUAGUCUGGAAAGUCCAUCUGUAGAAACUCUACAGAUAAGCAACUGCUUGCUAAGGUUAGAGUUAGGUUUAGAAUAAGGGUUAGGGUAAGGGCUAAGUUCAGGGUUAGUAGAUAGUCCUGUAGAGCAUCUACAGAUGGACUAUCCAAAUAUUGUUUUUCUAAAGAGAAUUUACUGUAAUAUGAGGUACUGUUAUUGCUGGUUUACCCUGAUAUAAAGCAACAAGAAAUAAUAAUAUGCCAUUUAGCAGAAAUGAUUGAACCCAAUGGUUGCUUUUUGUAAUGAAUGCCAUGACUGCAAACAUGUAAUGUACAAUCAUGUAACUUGUGAAUCCCGAUCCCUGAGGUAAAAAUGUAGCUGAGAGUUUUGAAUUCAAUGUCCUGUUCCUGAUGUGUGUCCUCUCCCUCUAGCUGUGGAUCGCUCGGUGACGGCCAGUUUGAGUGACGCCCGAGACGCGAUGACCAACGCUUCCAUCGACUCUCUGACGUCCUACCGCACCUCUGUGCUCACCAUCCAGCAGCCUGGCCUCCUGGCCCCCGCCUGCCUCAGGCUGUUCCCUCUUUACAUCCUGGCCCUGCUCAAACAGGUACACUACCCACCCACUCUUUCCCUGGCUAGUCCCCUGGAAAUCGACAGCUUCAUCCCAAAUGUCACCCUGUUCCCUGUUUAGUGCACUACUUUUGACCAGGGCCCAUUGGGCUCUGGUCAAAAGUAGUGUACAAUAUAGGGAACAGGGUGCCAUGUGGGAUGAAACCUACUUCCCAUUGGGAUUUCAACUGUAGUUAUAAUACAACUCGGCAUGGCAUAAGUCUUGGAACAGAACCCUUGGCACCCUUUGUGCUGCUUUGCUCAUAUGUUGUUUUUAUUCCCUGUGGUCCACAGAAAGCCUUCAGAACGGGAACAAGCACCAGGCUGGACGACCGUGUGUUUGCUAUGUGUCAGCUGAAGUACCAGCCUCUGGCAUACGUCAUGCUGAUGAUCCACCCAGCGCUGUACCGUGUGGACGACCUGACUGACGAGGUGAGGGCGAGGGGAAACACUGUUCACACCAGAGCAUAGAUAAUGAUAAUAAAAGAAGAGCAAUUUUUUUCUGUACACUCUUAUAGUUUAUCACCUCUUAUACACUCAGAUCAUUUAUAAAAAAAGAUAGAACACCGAUAUUUAGGUCUAUGGUUCUGCUUCCAUCUGACUUGUGGAUAUAUUGCAUUUUUCCUGUUUUAUUAACCUAGCUUCUCUCCCCUCUUUUCCUCCUCCUCUCCUUCCACCCCCUCCACAGGGAGCCCUGAACAUCAGUGAGCGUGCCAUCCCCCAGCCCAGAGUCCAGCAGCUGUCUGUGGAGAAGCUGAGCAGAGAGGGGGCCUUCCUCAUGGAUGCUGGCUCGGUUAGUAGCAUGACCAUGAUGAUGAUGAUGUACACUAUAUAUACAGCAGUAUGUGGACACCGCUGCAAAUUAGUGGAUUCGGCUAUUUCAGCCACACCCAUUGCUGACAGGUGUAUAAAAUCGAGCACACAGCCAUGCAAUCUCCAUAGACAAACAUUGACAGUAGAAUGGCCUUACUGAAGAGCUCAGUGACUUUCAACGUGGCACAGUCAUAGGAUGCCACCUUUCCAACAAGUCAGUUCGUAACAUUUCUGCCCUGCUAGAGCUGCCCUGGUCAACUGUAAGUGCUGUUAUUGUGAAGUGGAAACGUCUAGGAGCAACAACGGCUCAGCCGCGAAGUGGUAGGCCACACAAGCUCACAGAACGGGACCGCUGAGUGCGGAAGCAUGUAGCGCGUAAAAAUGGUCUAUCGAGUUCCAAACUGCCUCUGGAAGCAAUGUCAGCACAAGAACUGUUCGUCGGGAGCUUCAUGAAAUGGGUUUCCAUGGCCGAGUAGCCGCACACAAGCCUAAGAUCACCAUACGCAAUGCCAAGUGUUGGCUGGAGUGGUGUAAAGCUCGCCGCCAUUGGACUCUGGAGCAGUGGAAACGCGUUCUCUUGAGUGAUGAAUCACGCUUCACCAUCUGGCAGUCCGACGGACGAAUCUGGGUUUGGCAGAUGCCAGGAGAACGCUACCUGUCCCAAUGCAUAGUGCCAACUGUAAAGUUUGGUGGGGCUGUUUUUCAUGGUUCGGGCUAGGCCCAUUAGUUCCAGUGAAGGGAAAUCUUAACGCUACAGCAUACAAUUACAUUCUAGAUUAUUCUGUGCUUCCAACUUUGUGGCAACAGUUUUGGGAAGGCCCUUUCCUGUUUCAGCAUGACAAUGCCCCUGUGCACAAAGCGAGGUCCAUACAGAAAGUUUGUUGAGAUCGGUGUGGAUGAACUUGACUGGCCUGCACAGAGCCCUGACCUCUAGUGGAAAGCAUUCCCAGAAGAGUGGAGGCUGUUGUAGCAGCAAAGGGAGGAUUAACUCCAUAUUAAUGCCUAUGAUUUUAGAAUGAAAUGUUGGAUGAGCAGGUGUCCACAUACUUUUGGUAAUGUAGUGUAUUUAUUUGUUAGGGACAACUACAAUGAAAGCAUUGACACAUUGAAUCAUCAACCGUAAGAUGCAUUGCACCAUCAUGCUUUAGCUUGCGCUAAUUUGCAUGAUGAUGAUUAUUGAGGAAUCAUUUUUCUGUCAUUUGGCAUACAAAAUAGAUAGACUUACUACAACAUCUACAGUGGAUUCUUCUCAACAAACAGACAGAUGGAUAACAUGAACACAAUGUUCUCCAACAGGUGAUCUAUCUCUGGAUCGGAAGAAACUGCAACCCCAACUUCCUCACGCAAGUCCUCGGGGUCCCAAACUACGCUGCUGUGCCUCAGAACAUGGUAAGGAACCUAAGUACCUGCUCCCCCUUUAACGGUCUCUCUUAGCCCAUCUCCCCUGCUCCUGACAAGGUUCUGUAUCGCUUACCAGGACCUCUGUGUAUUAUACUGUAUAAUAAACCGGGUGGUUCGAGCCCUGAAUGCCGAUUGGCUGAAAGCUGUGGUAUAUCAGACAGUAUACCAUGGGUAUGACAAAAAAGUACAAUUUACUGUUCUAAUUACAUUGGUAACCAGUUUUUUAUAAUAGCAGUAAGGCGCCUCGGGUUUGUGGUAUAUGGCCAGUAUACCACAGCUAACGGCUGUAUCCAGGAACUCUGCAUUGUCGUGCUUAAGAACAGCCUUUAGACUUGGUAUAUUGGCCAUAUACCACUUAAUUCACGUGUUGGUUGUAUCUUUUGUUUAUGACUUACAUUGUACUAUGUAUUUAUAUUGCAGUAUAAUGCUGUGCUGUUUAAAACUGAUUUCCUGAAAGGGAGACCAUGAAGAUAUAAUUAUGUGUUGUAUCUCCCAGAACAUUCUCCCAGAGUUGGACACUGCAGAGUCCCAGAGAACCAGAGCGUUUGUUGGCUGGCUGAGGGAACAGAGGCCCUUCUUCCCCAUCCUGCAUGUCAUCAGGUAGGCAGUAGUAACACUGUUGUGGCUCUACUAGAUGAAGUCACUGGGGGAGUUCAGAGGCUAUGUCUGCAUUCCAAAUGGCACCCUAUUCCCUUUAUAGUUCACUACAGGGCCUGUAGAACUCUGGUCAAAAGUAGUGCACUGUAUAGGGAAUAGGGGGCCAUUUGGUUAAGUUUGAAGCCCAAAAUAAAAUGAGAAGUAUUAAGAUCAGGUUGAACUCAUUGACAACGUGUUGACAGCCUACAGAGUUUUGCUGACCUGUCAAACGACUCAGAGUUCAAUUCCGCAGUAGACGAUGUGUAAAUUUUGUGGAUCCAACCUUCCUUUUCUGUUCCUUUCCAGGGAUGAGAGCCCACUGAAAGCCAGCUUUAUGCAGAACAUGAUUGAGGAUCGGACAGAGUCAGCCUUGUCUUACUAUGAGUUUUUACUCCACGUCCAACAGCAAGUCUCC